AUGUCGCCGAAUGAAGAACGGCGUGCAGCAGCAGCUGCAGCUGGGCUGGAUGCGGAGCACGACAUCGAGCAUCAGAGCACUCUCGUCGCAAGCCCAGCCGACUCUUCGACCCCAGAGGUAAACAGCGGCGGCAACGUUGAGGACGACCAUGACGAUCCUUUCCUGGUCAACUUCGAGCACAACGAUCCGAAGGACCCGCGCUCGUUUCCAACAUGGAGGAAGAUCCAGAUCUUGAUCGUCACCAUGCUGCUCGAGCUGUGGGUCAAUGCCAUCUCUUCGAUCUACAGCUUCGGUGCUCUUGAUGUGGCUGCCGAGUUCGGCAUCGGACAAGUUGCCUCUAGGGCGCCCGCCGCGGUGUUUCUAUUUGGUUUCGCCAUUGGGCCCGUCUUUGCAGCACCUUUGUCCGAAGAUUACGGCAGAGUCAUUAUAAUGGUGGUCGGUAUCUCGGCCGUUGCUCUCUUUCAGAUUGGAUGCGCGUUGGCGAAGAACCUCGCGACCCUCGUUAUCCUACGUUUUCUAAGCGGCUGCUUCGGUGCAGUCGCAUUCAAUUCGAUCGGAACGGUGUCCGAUCUUUGGGACUCUGACCACCAGGGCUGGGGAGUCAACGCCUUUGCCAUCUCCGCCGAGGCUGGAGCCACCUUAGGGCCCAUCAUCGGAGCCUUUGUGGUUCAGGAUGCCGGUUGGCGGUGGACAUUCGGCGUAUCCGGAAUAGUUCUCGCCUUUCUCCUUGCGCUCUUCAUCCUCACUGUACCCGAGACCAGAGCCGGAGUCAUCUUGGCGAGGAGAGCAAAGCAGCUGCGGAACGACGACUCUCGAUACUACGCAAGCCACGAAAAGGUGAGGUCUCAACGCACCCUAAGGCAGCUUUUCAAGGAGACCGUUGGUCGGCCUCUUUUUAUGCUCUUCACCGAGCCCAUCGUCUUUUGGUUCACUCUCUUCGACGCCGUCAACUAUGCGGUAAUCUACAUCUUCCUCGAGGCGUUCCCGCUGGUUUUCGAGCCCUACGGAUUCAACACCGGACAGCAAGGUCUCACCUUCUUUGGCGUCCUCAUCGGUUUUUUGAUCGGCUUUGGCUUGCUCGAGUUCCAGCUGAGGUGGUUCAGAUAUGCAGGUAAUAAGAGGCCCGACGGCAUGCCCACGCCUGAGGAUCGAUUGCUCUGGGGCAUUCCGGGUGGGUUCCUGUUUCCUGUCAGCCUGUUCUUCUUCGCCUGGACGUCGUUCCCACCGGUGCCGUGGAUCGUACCUGUCAUCGCGGGAGCCUUGUUCGGCAUCUCGUCGCAUACGCUUUUCUUCAUCGUCUCGGAUUACACGGUCGCCUCGUACUCGAUCUACGCGGCUUCGGCGAUUGCGGCACAGUCCUUCCUGCGCGAGUUCAUGUGCGGCUCGUUUACGCUGAUCACCGAGAUCAUGUACCACAAUGUGGGCUAUCAAUGGGCCAGCUCUAUCCUUGCAUUCAUCGGCGUACCGCUGUCGGUGAUUCCGCUGGUGUUUUACAAGUUCGGUCCCACCAUCCGUAAGCGCAGUAGCUUCGCGAAAGAGUUGCAGGUGGUCGAGGGACGGGAGAAGCGACGUCGUGAGAAGUUGGAGUCGAGAGCUAAUACGUUGACGGCCGAGGCUGAUCAGAAGGCACAGUAA